AUGGCGUUGCACGGCCUCGUUCUAAGCAAUGCUCUCUUGUUGUGGCUGCGCUGGGCUGGCUUGUCGCUCAAUCCGCUUCUCGACCUGCCGGGCUCGGGCUUCUCGUGCAUCCCACUCGCCGCGCUGUGUGGCGUGCUUUUGUACGCCUACCAGCACCACCUGCAGCUCGGCAAGGGCUCCGCGAACACGACGCUUUGGCGCCGUCUCCUCGGUCUUCUCGGUCUCGCAAGCCUCCUCUUCUUCACCCAGUGGCUCUUCACCGCGCCGACCGCCAUCCCGCGCUGGCUCGGCGUCCACCAUGCGUGGGGGUGGCUCGUCCUCGCGACGUAUACGCUCGGCAUCAUUUGUGCACCGCUCGGUGGGGCGGUGGCCGCAGCGGCGCUCUUUGGUGUCGGCGCGAUUGCGUUCCACGCCUCGAGCUUCCCCGGGCUCUCUCUCUGUGGGGCGGCCGCCAUGGGCCUCGCACUGCCCUCGCUCUGGCUUCUGCUCGUCCCCAGCACGUUCAUGUCCAUCAACGCGCACCUCGAACCCGUCCACUUCGAUUCCGAGCGCCUCAAUUCGGCCCACGAGCUCGGCGUCGCGACGCCGCGUCGCUCGUCCUGCAGCCUGUCGCUCUGCGUUGGCGCGGUUUUCCUCACGCUUGUCUACACGACGUUGCUGGCGCUCACGAUCGCGCUCACGACGUACGACUAUUUGCCUCCCGAGCUACGCGGUCUCCGCGGCCAGCGCUUUCGCAUCUUUUACCUGACGGCCAGUGUCAUUGGCACGGCCGUCGUCGUCUUGCGAUCCUCACUCGCACCGACGCUGCAAUCGACGACGAUGGACCGGCUCCGGCGCGUCAUCGGCGCAGGCAUAUGCUGCGUGUGCGUCAUCCCGAUCGCGAGCAUCUACACAGCGUCCUUUGCCCCGCCCGGCUCGAACUCGCCACCGUUGACGCUCGGCAAUGUGGCGUCGGACUUGCGCCUCGUGAGCUUCAACGCGUAUCAGGGCUUUAACCGAGCCGGUGGCAACAACUUUCACGCAAUUCGAUCGAUGCUGGACGACUUUGACCCACACAUCGUGGCGCUGCAGGAGUCGGACACGAUGCAAACAGGGUCUGGUAGCUUGGACUUGACGCUGUACCUGGCGCUGCACCGGGGCAUGUACAGCUUUGCCAACCCCGCGACGGACGCCGACUCGUUCGGAUGCACGCUCUUGUCGUCGUUUCCGAUUCUUGCUGCGUCCGGUAUCGUCCUGCCAUCGCUUGGCGAGAACGCUUGCUUUCAGCAUGUGCUUCUCAACGUCCAUGGAACGCUCCUGCACGUCAUGAACGUCCAUCUCGGCAACGACGGGACGACCGACCGCGACAAGCAGUUGGAGCUCGUGUUGGCGUAUGUCCAGAACGCGUCGGGCCCUCUUAUCCUCAUGGGGGACUUCAAUACGCGUAAAAAUUCGCGCGCCUAUGCCUCGAUGAUGCAGUCGACGCAGCUACUCGAUGCCGGUGACCGCGGCAGCUGCGUUCGACCAAGCCCGCACCCGAGCACGGGCGUGCCCAUCGAGUACAUUUUCUCCGGAAUGUGA